GCGCGGAGCGGGGCAGGCUCUGCCGGGGCGUGGGACGGAGGGAGAGCGGCCAGGGGGGAGAGGGUCUGGGCCGGGCACGGCUCGCCUCAGCGGGGCUGGGGGUCCUGGGGGUUCGGACCCGGCGGCGGCGGCGGCGGGAGCAGCAGGAGGAGGGUGCCUUGUGGGGGGACAGCGGGUCCUCGCCGCGGAUCCCACGUCUCUCCAGGGCCGUCCCUUUCCCGGUCGGCGGCCCCCCGUCCUCUGGGCUUUGGCUGCUUUGGGAAAUUGCCUUGGUUUUUUUCUCCCCGCACUUCCCCCGUUGAAACUCCUGCUCUUGACCUGAAUCGGGACUUUGUUAAGGAGUCAGAGGAGCCUUCCCAAGGCUUCGCAAGGGCAGGGCCGGCUUUGCUGCUGAUCCCUUCCUGAGAAGCACAGCAUCAAACCUCGGCCCGGCCGGCUGGAGGCUGAAGGCAGAAGUGAUGAGACACAGACGGGGAUGGCUGGGGAGAGCCGAGGCAGAGCCGCGCCAAGUGUCAGGGACAACCGUGCCCAGGGAAGGAACUUCCCUGAACUACCCUCACUUCAAACAAGUCUCACAGAAGUUAAAUGUCAUGGUAGAGAAGCAGAGUACCUGGGAACAUGGCCCUGCAAGAGAGAGAAACCAGCAGCAACUCUGUGAAUGACAAGCAAGAACAGAACUGCAGUCGUGUUAUUACAAUUGUCUUCCUGGCACUCUUCAUUGACUUGUUGGGAUUCGCGCUCAUCUUGCCACUGUUUCCUUCCAUCCUUGAUUAUUACAGCCAGACUGAGGAUGGAUUCUAUUUGUCAUUGCAACGUGGUGUGGACUGGUUUGCAGGGAUGGUUGGGAUGCCCCCGGAGCGGAAAUACAACAGUGUCUUGUUUGGAGGUCUGAUUGGCUCAAUCUUUUCCAUCCUACAGUUUUUCUCUUCUCCCCUCACUGGUGCUGUGUCAGACUGCUUUGGCAGAAGACCUGUCAUCUUGAUGACGGUGAUGGGUUUGAUAACAUCAUACGCCCUAUGGGCUGCCUCUAGGACUUUUGGCGUUUUUCUUCUCUCCAGGAUCGUAGGUGGAAUAAGCAAAGGGAACGUCAGCCUCUCCACAGCUAUAAUUGCUGACUUGCACUCUCCAAAAGCACGGAGCAAAGGCAUGGCAAUGAUUGGCGUUGCUUUCUCCCUUGGUUUUACCCUGGGCCCCAUGAUUGGAGCUUACCUAGCCAUGGAAACAGAGAAAGGAGAAGUAUUCUAUCUCCGUUCAGCAUUGUUAGCACUCACGUUUGCAGUGGCUGAUUUAAUUUUCAUCUUCUUCCUACUUCCGGAGACGCUUCCCAAAGAAAAACGGGUCUCUUCUGUGACAUCUGGAUUUCAGGCAGCAGUUGACUUGCUCAGUCCUUUGGCUUUAUUUCAGUUCUCCGCAGUCACCCGAGGAAAGGAAUCCCGUAAAGAGGAGAAUCUUCAGAAUCUCAAAAUCUUGGGCCUGGCUUAUUUCCUGUACCUCUUCCUGUUUUCUGGCUUGGAGUAUACACUGAGUUUUCUCACUCACCAGAGAUUCCAGUUCAGCAGCAUGCAGCAGGGCAAGAUGUUUUUCUUUAUUGGAAUAACAAUGGCUGUGAUCCAGGGAGGCUAUGCUCGCCGAAUCAAGCCAGGAAAUGAAAUCAGAGCUGUAAAAAUGGCUAUUAUGUUGCUGAUUCCAGCUUUCUUGCUAAUUGGAUGGGCUGCAAAUGUGACCAUGCUGAGUGUGGGACUGCUGCUGUACUCCUUCGCUGCGGCCAUUGUUAUCCCGUGUUUGUCAGCAGUGGUGUCAGGCUAUGGUUCGGCCGGCCAGAAAGGGCGCAUCAUGGGGAUCCUGCGGAGCCUGGGCGCCCUCGCCAGAGCCCUGGGACCCGUCCUGUCAGCAACCGUUUACUGGCUGGCAGGGGCAGAGGUUUGCUUCACUGUCUGCGGAGCGUUCUUCCUCAUCCCCUUCGUUCUACUUGGUUCCAUGAAGCAGCAGAAAAAGGAGGAGUAGGCAGCCAGCACAGACCUCGUGCCAGCUUCCAAGGACUUCUGCAACACCUGACUCCGCUGAUCAAACAGGGAGAGGAUUUUGAUUGUCUGGAAGGGGAGACCUGAUGACCACGUGCACAACAGGCUUCAGGUUUCUGUGGCCCCCCCAGGAGCAGUUACAUUUAAGGCAGCCUCCAGCCAGCUCGGCCAGGUUUGCAAACAGAAAAAAGCCCCACCAAGCAGUUGCAUAAAGCACGAAGAUCAGAUGAGCAGAGCCAGGCAUGACGGCAGCACAGCGCAGCGCCCGCAGUCCCGACUCGCCCCCAAGCGCUGCUGGGCACUGCACGGCCAGGAACUGAGGGCUCUGCUCUGCCUCUCCCUUCACUGUCAGCACAGGCCGCGCCAGCGGAGCCCCCCAUGGGGAGUUCCUGUACAAGAGUCAGCGAUCUCCCCACGUGCACGGCGCCUCUGGUGCGAGCUGCAUCAACUGCCCUAAAACACGACAAUGGGGAACGAAAGCGGGACAUGUACUACAGCCCUCCUGCGCCUGACCGAGCCUGUGGCACAGGUGCCUUGGUUUUAAUACAUAAAUUGUGAGAUGUUUUAUAUUUCUAGUACAGUAUGAUGUUUUUUGAUGACCAAGCACUGUUCUUUUUGCAUUACAACUAAACUGUUACCUGCACACUCAUCCCGUCAGUUCACGACGGUUCAGAUGUUACACCCGUCAACACCAGCCCGGGCUGCUGGGGCUGCCAGAGGCCUGGGUCAGGCGAGGGAGCCCAUGGCACCGGUGCCCGGGCAGCAGGGACCCUCGGGGGCAGGAACCCUGCUGUAGCCCAUGUGAUUCUUUUCUGAGAAUCCAUUAAAGCAAUCAUUACCGCCACAUUAAUCAUUAAAAGAAAAUGGAGCCAAUUAAAUUCACCAGGCUACAGCUGUAGAAUAAAACUGUACAAGUUCUGAAACCAGAGGUUUUUUUUUUUUUUUUUAAAGAGUUUUAUUUGUGAGUAGAACUUAAUGAUACAAGAAAGAAAGAAAAAUACAGGACUUUAUUCAGCCCCAGAGUGUGUAACCAUACCAUACGUGACUACAUUUCAUAUCGUAAUACAAAGAAGUAAAAGAACAGAAACUACAAAACUAGAAAUUAAGAGUCAUUGCAUAUGUGGUCAAGGUAAAUGGAGGGACUCCAUUAAAGAACUGAAACAGAGCAAUUAGUCAUUUAGUUACGCCCCUGCAAUGAAACGCAACUUAGCAAAGUAAGUACCGCAGGCUCCCUAGCGGGCAGCGGACAGGCAAGGUUACAGUACGAGCCAAAAGCCAUUCAUGCCAUGCAGUGGCUCGCGGGGAGCCCCUCACUGCCCCCAUGGGUGCCCCCCACUCACCCUCCCCGUGACCACCUCCCCACCCCUCUCUGCUGCCGAAGCCUCACAGCUCCCCUUCUCCUUGCGGCUGUUUCCUCUUCCCUGCCUAAAACCCACCAGCGGUACCAGCACCUCCCAGGCUGGCACAGGCCUUCCUCAGCCACCGCUGCCUCCAACCGCUCGCCCACCCCCUGCUUCCUGCUGCAGGAACCCAAGGCAUUUGUUUUCUGCUAUUUUACCAGCUGUGAUGUUUAAUAUUGUCCUAAAAGGCUACCCCCACAUUCCGCUCUGCCACAGACCCCCGCCGCCGGUCACUGCCUCCCUCUCCCACGCGGGGCUGCCACCACUGGGCACUGGGGGCGCUCCCAGCCACCCCGCCGGGGCUCCUGCGGAAUUCCUGCAAGCUUCACCUAUCUGAUCUUACACUACGUUGUGAUUAGUGAUGGACAGAAGCGUGGCAAUAACUGGGAAAUAGUGAAGUCAGUGGUGAGAGUGAUUCUCUUUACCAUGCUACACGUUAAACAAACAUUUAUAGCAAACUCUGAAAACACACCUCAAAGGUUGCUUGGGAUUUCUGUACUGCUGGCAACAACAAAAAUUAAUGAAGUGCCAGUUUUUGUAAGUGAAAAUAAU